GCGUGUGUCUGCUGUACCAGCUGCUCUACGUCAUGGACGCCACGCCGCACUACUCGCCCGUGCUGCACCUCCUCUCCCUCUCGCUGCGCCGAGCCACACCACAGGAGCUGGCAGAGGCUUCUUCCUCCAUCUCAACUCGCCGCCAGCGAGAGUCUGAGCGCCUGCCAGGUUCACCUGCGAUACGGGUGGCCCAUGCAGGCAUCCCAGUGCCUGCUGAUCGCUCCCUGUGUCCGCUCUGCCUGUGUCGUCGCACCAACCCCACUGCCCCUGGCACCUCCGGCUUCAUCUUCUGCUACCCCUGCAUCUUCGCCUACGUGGAUAAG